GAUGGUGGGUUGAACGGCUAUCGAUCCACUUCAUUGUUCAAACUAUUAAGUGUUAUUUUAGGUACUUUUUCAAAAGUAUUUAGCUGUUCAAAAGCUCGAUAGCGUUGCAUCCCGCUAGAUUGUUUAUCAACAAAUUGCAAAAUAAUGAAAAUUCAACGGCGAUUUUUCUUUCUUUUUUUUUACCUUCCCCCAGGGGGUGAACAGCAAUAAGCAAUCUCAUACAUCAACGACAACCAAGUUAUAUUUAUUUUUAGUUUGCUGUCUUCUGUCCCUCAAUCCCCGUUCGUGGUUGCUUGUAUAUACUUGCAAGUUGGGGGAAAAUAAUCGGUGGCAAAAAGAAAACUACAGUUUGUAAACAAACCUUGCCCGUGUGUUGUCUACAAAUAAAGAACUACAAUGAGAAAUAAUCAGAAUUAUUCAGCAUUACUUUAAUCAGUGUCAGUGAAGCUUUGGGAGCUUCAACAACUCAUCCUUGAUUAACAAAAAACUCCGCUACCAAUGAGCUCCUUUCUUGACCUGUUCGACCCGACCGCCUGUUCAACGUCGUCAUCUUCCUCUUCGGCGGGCAGUUGCAGUCUAAACAAUAACAUCAUCAACAACAACAACAACAAUGACGAGGACGACGAUGACGAAAUGCUCUUAUCAUACGAGGAAUUUCUGCAGAAAAACGAAUCCAAACAAUCGGUGCCAAUUCCCAGUCGAGUGCUGAACCACCAGCAGUUUGUCCAGCAGCACUCACCGUCGUCACCGUUGAUUGAUUUCGAUCUGGACAUUCUGCCUCCGGAACCGCAGCUCGGUAAUAUCGAGUACAAACUGAAGCUCAUCAAUCCCUCCAAGCAGCGCUUCGAACAUUUGGUGACCCAGAUGAAGUGGCGUCUGCGGGAAGGUAACGGUGAAGCAAUCUACGAAAUCGGUGUUUCCGAUUCUGGCCAGUUGCACGGUCUCAGCGAAACCGAUAUGACCUGCUCGUUGCAUACACUCAACCAGAUGGCACGGAAGUUGGAUGCAUCAACAUCGGUUCUAAGGCGGAAGUCUCUUAAAGUGGGUCGAUCCGUUGUCGAGGUACUGGUACGGAAAAUUCCCGAUGACCAACAUAACAUCGAGGUACGGGUUGCCGUUCUUGGAGGAGCCGAUGCUGGGAAAUCCACCCUGCUGGGGGUAUUGACACAGGGCGAGUAUGACAACGGGCGUGGACGGGCGCGACUUAACAUGUUCCGCCACAUGCACGAGAUACAAACCGGACGAACAUCCUGCAUUUCUCACGAAACGUUAGGAUUUGAUCAACAGGGUAACGUGAUAAACUACAAGUACAACGAGAUGAUGACGGCUGAGGAGAUAAGUGACCGAUCGACAAAGUUGGUAACCUUUAUGGAUCUGGCGGGUCACCGACGAUACAUCAAAACGACGGUACAAGCACUGUCCGGGUACUCGCCGCACCACGCACUCAUCGUGAUUGCAGCUGGGAGCAACAUUAGCAAUAUGACCCGGGAACAUUUGGCCAUCGUCCAUGCACUGGAUAUGCCGUUCUCGAUAGUGGUUACUAAACUUGAUCUGGUCCCACCGGACGACGUGCUGUUCGAGCUGAAAACUCUACUAACUGCCGUAGGAUAUCGAAAAGUGCCAUAUCUGAUUAGUAACGAAGACGACGUGCUGAACGCGAAUGCACACCAAAGUAUGGAACAGAUUGUUCCUAUUUUCUGUAUUUCGAAUGUAACGGGCAACGGGCUGGAUCUGUUGACCAAGUAUCUUUACGUGUUAUCUCCGGGGAUAAGUAAUUCCGAGAAGGAACGGCUCGAACAAGAGCCAAUCGAAUUUCAGAUCGACGAAAUAUUUAAAGUUGCCGAAGUUGGACCGGUUGUCGGCGGACUGCUCUCGAUGGGGGUCCUAACGGAAAACGUUCAGGCUCGAAUCGGACCCCUGCAGGAUGGAACAUUCUACCCGGUGAUGGUGCAAACGAUCCAUCGGAAUAAGGCACCCUGCCGGGUGGUACGCGCGGGACAGAGUGCUUCCCUUUCCUUCUAUCCAAGUGAUGAUUUGCCACCGCUACGCAGUGGCAUGGUGAUACUGCCAGACUAUGAGGAGGUUGAGAAUGUUUUCGGGUCGUACUUCUUUCAGGCCCGCGUAUCCGUGCUGUUUCAUGCUACCCGUAUCUACAAGGGCUUCCAGACUACGGUGCACAUCGGAAGCAUUCGGCAAACAGCCAUCAUCGAGGGCAUCAUGGGCAUCGGGACGGACGGAAUCUCUACCAAUCAGUCCGCCUCGGUGCUGUUCCGAUUUGUGCGUCAUCCCGAGUAUGUUCGACCGGGCAUGCGGAUAUUGUUCCGCGAGGGUACCAGCAAGGGUAUCGGUAAGGUGACGCAGGUAUUUCCACUUAAUGAAAAGGUGAAUUAGGUUUUCUUUUGGUUUCGGCGUGCGUUGCAGGAAACGCAUGGAAUGUUAGAACUAAAGACGAAUUUUUAAACAAUCGCUUUGUAUUUGUACUCCGUCUGUAAAUAGAUACUAAAAUAAAACCUGUGAUUUCGUAAUCUUUAACAAAAAUAAUGAAUUGAUUUUUUUUAAUAGUUUGAUUACUUGAAGGUAGUAGUUCUUUUAAGGUCUGCCAGUAUGGCUGUACAUAACUUCAAAACUAUGAGUUCGUGCUAUCGAAUGAAGAAUAGACUAUUCUUAUUUAUGGACUUCUAGUCGUGUGUGAAAUUUUAAUAAAGUCAAUAAAUAACAA